CUAAUUUGGCCCCCGCGGCGCAGUCCCUGGUGGAGCUCCCGGCGCGUUUGCUGGUCCCUCCAAGUACGCCGUAUGGGAGCCGCAUCGCUGCCCGAGUGCGCUUAAAAGACGCCCUCGUCCUGUGUUUUUUUUUCUUUCAGAUCAAUCGCAAUCCAUCUUCCAAUUCUCUCAAAGCCUCUGAAAUCCUCCAAAAGACACACAGUCUUCAAUUCCACUUCUCCUUCUCUAUCUUCUAUCCUCCUUCAAAUCAACCAUCACCAUGACCAGGCACAAGACCAACACGUGCUCUUCCACCGUCCGCGUCCCUCCUAUGAGCAUCCACAACGUCUCCCAAGUCGUUGCCUUCACCAACGACCACGCAAAAACCACCAAGUACCAGACCUGCUGCGGUGUCAACAGCGACCUCGUCAUCUACAACAAGAACUGCUUCAAGUACUGCGACACCCCAACCAACCAGACUGAGGUCCUCUCGUGCAUCAAGGACGCCGGCGUGACCAAGGUCGCCGCCUACAACAGCAGCCAAGAGUCCAAGGACGACACCUCGGCUGCCAUUCCUGUCUCGACCAACAUGAUGUCCAAGUCGGCCAUCGGGCUGGCCGCGAUGAUGGUCCUCAGCAUGGCUGUCGGAACGCUAUAGAUUAGUCAAUUGGGUAACGGUGUUUAGUUUUCUUAGCGGGUUUUUCUUUUCUUUUUUUUUUUUUUUUUC